UUAAAAAUUUGGUUCUUUUCCUCCAACGAGCUUCAAAUGUCAUUGUUUAUUGUUUUGUUAGAAGGGUUUCUAUUAUCUUAUAGGCCUCCAGUUCGAAAAAGUGUGUCCCAGCCACUUGAUCAUUUUUUGAUCCAACCCCCCCCCCUUUGUUGCAACAUU